GGACUGAUCUCCAGGAUCAGCACUCUUCUCCCAGCCCUUAGGGUCCUGCUCGGCCAAGCCCUAGGCAGAGAAGGCCUUGGCUGAGGAGCCAUAGCGCCUGGCCUCCCGUUGCCCGGUGACAGCGAUGGUGGUGUUGGCAGGAGGCUUGGACAACCCUACCCCAUCCCCCACCCAGCCUUAAGGCCUGGCCCUCCUGGGCCUCUUGACCCUGCAGGGCAUCUGAGAGCCUGUGUACUGGGGAGGGCAUGCAGCAGGCUCUCCAGGCCUUCCCUACCAUGCGACCUGUCAGUGUCUGGCAGUGGAGCCCCUGGGGGCUGCUGCUGUGCCUGCUGUGCCUGCUGUGCAGCUCGUGCUUGGGGUCUCCGUCCCCUUCCACGGACCCUGAGAAGAGGGUCGGGAGCCAGGGGCUGCGGUUCCGGCUGGCUGGCUUCCCCAGGAAGCCCUACGAGGGCCGCGUGGAGAUACAGCGAGCUGGUGAAUGGGGCACCAUCUGCGAUGAUGACUUCACGCUGCAGGCUGCCCAUGUCCUCUGCCGAGAGCUGGGCUUCACAGAGGCCACAGGCUGGACCCACAGUGCCAAAUAUGGCCCUGGAACCGGCCGCAUCUGGCUGGACAACCUGAGCUGCAGUGGGACCGAGCAGAGUGUGACUGAGUGUGCCUCCCGGGGCUGGGGGAACAGUGACUGUACGCACGAUGAGGAUGCUGGGGUCAUCUGCAAGGACCAGCGCCUCCCUGGCUUCUCAGACUCCAAUGUCAUUGAGGUAGAGCAUCACCUGCAAGUGGAGGAGGUGCGAAUUCGACCCGCCGUUGGGUGGGGCAGACGACCCCUGCCCGUGACGGAGGGGCUAGUGGAAGUCAGGCUUCCUGACGGCUGGUCACAAGUGUGCGACAAAGGCUGGAGCGCCCACAACAGCCACGUGGUCUGCGGGAUGCUGGGCUUCCCCAGCGAAAAGAGGGUCAACGCGGCCUUCUACAGGCUGCUGGCCCAGCGGCAGCAACACUCCUUUGGUCUGCAUGGGGUGGCGUGCGUGGGCACGGAGGCCCACCUCUCCCUCUGUUCCCUGGAGUUCUAUCGUGCCAAUGACACCGCCAGGUGCCCUGGGGGGGGCCCUGCGGUGGUGAGCUGUGUGCCAGGCCCUCUCUACGCAGCGUCCAGUGGCCAGAAGAAGCAACAACAGUCGAAGCCUCAGGGGGAGGCCCGUGUCCGUCUAAAGGGCGGCGCCCACCCUGGAGAGGGCCGGGUAGAAGUCCUGAAGGCCAGCACAUGGGGCACAGUCUGUGACCGCAAGUGGGACCUGCAUGCAGCCAGCGUGGUGUGUCGGGAGCUGGGCUUCGGGAGUGCUCGAGAAGCUCUGAGUGGUGCUCGCAUGGGGCAGGGCAUGGGUGCUAUCCAUCUGAGUGAAGUUCGCUGCUCUGGACAGGAGCUCUCCCUCUGGAAGUGUCCCCACAAGAAUAUCACAGCUGAGGAUUGUUCGCAUAGCCAGGAUGCCGGGGUCCGGUGCAACCUACCUUACACUGGGGCGGAAACCAGGAUCCGACUCAGUGGGGGCCGCAGCCAACAUGAGGGGCGAGUCGAGGUGCAAAUAGGGGGACCUGGGACCCUUCGCUGGGGCCUCAUCUGUGGGGAUGACUGGGGGACCCUGGAGGCCAUGGUGGCCUGUAGGCAACUGGGUCUGGGCUACGCCAACCACGGCCUGCAGGAGACCUGGUACUGGGACUCUGGGAAUAUAACAGAGGUGGUGAUGAGUGGAGUGCGCUGCACAGGGACUGAGCUGACCCUGGAUCAGUGUGCCCAUCAUGGCACCCACAUUACCUGCAAGAGGACAGGGACCCGCUUCACUGCUGGAGUCAUCUGUUCUGAGACUGCAUCAGAUCUGCUGCUGCACUCAGCAUUGGUGCAGGAAACCGCCUAUAUCGAAGACCGGCCCCUGCAUAUGUUGUACUGUGCUGCGGAAGAGAACUGCCUGGCCAGCUCAGCCCGCUCAGCCAACUGGCCCUAUGGUCACCGGCGUCUACUCCGAUUCUCCUCCCAGAUCCACAACCUGGGACGAGCUGACUUCAGGCCCAAGGCUGGGCGCCACUCCUGGGUGUGGCACGAGUGCCAUGGGCAUUACCACAGCAUGGACAUCUUCACUCACUAUGAUAUCCUCACCCCAAAUGGCACCAAGGUGGCUGAGGGCCACAAAGCUAGUUUCUGUCUCGAAGACACUGAGUGUCAGGAGGAUGUCUCCAAGAGAUAUGAGUGUGCCAACUUUGGAGAGCAAGGCAUCACCGUGGGUUGCUGGGAUCUCUACCGGCAUGACAUUGACUGUCAGUGGAUUGAUAUCACGGAUGUGAAGCCAGGAAACUACAUUCUCCAGGUUGUCAUCAACCCAAAUUUUGAAGUAGCAGAGAGUGACUUUACCAACAAUGCAAUGAAAUGUAACUGCAAAUAUGAUGGACAUCGAAUCUGGGUGCACAACUGCCACAUUGGUGAUGCCUUCAGUGAAGAGGCCAACAGGAGGUUUGAACGCUACCCUGGCCAGACCAGCAACCAGAUUAUCUAAGUGCCAUUGCCCUCUGCAAACCACCACUGGCCCCUAAUGGCAGGGGUCUGAGGCUGCCAUUACCUCAGGAGCUUACCAAGAAACCCAUGUCAGCAACCGCACUCAUCAGACCAUGCACUAUGGAUGUGGAACUGUCAAGCAGAAGUUCUCGCCCUCCUUCAGAGGCCAGCUGUCAGUACCUGUAGCCAAGCAUGGGAAUCUUUGCUCCCAGGCCCAGCACCGAGCAGAACAGAGCAGAGCCCACCACACCACAAAGAGCAGCACUUGACUAACUGCCCACAACAAAAGAUGGCAGCAGCUCAUUUUCUUUAAUAGGAGGUCAGGAUGGUCAGCUCCAGUAUCUCCCCUAACCUUAGGGGGAUACAGCUUUACCUCUAGCCUUUUGGUGGGGGAAAAGAUCCAGCCCUCCCACCUCAUUUUUGACUAUAAUAUGUUGCUAGGUAUAAUUUUAUUUUAUAUAAAAAGUGUUUCUGUGAUUCUUUAGA